CAUCAAAUUUUCUCAGUAACUGAGUAUUUGUUCAGCCUAAUGUAGGAGCAGCUGUUUGAGUCUCUGCUUGAAAGGGGAAAGAGUUGACAGAGACAGAGAAAGACAGAGGGAGAGAACGGGCUGUGCUUAAUAAAAGCCUUGCUCGGAUUACAAAAACAAGCAUUUUACUCACCCCGACCCCUUCAAGUAAGGAGUAAAUUUAGAUGUCUCAGUUCGAUAAAUCUCUAUGGUCCCCUUGAGACUGUCAGCAGUGUUUUAUUGUCUGCAGCUUCCUGACCCUCACCUGAUAAAUUAGGAAGUGCUGAGAUUAAAACGGAAACCUCAUACAUAAUUUCUGAAGAUAUUUUUGGGGUUACCCUCUGAGGAGAAAUAGAUUCUUAAUAAGGGGAAAUAUGGGAACUGCUGUCUGCCUACGCACAUGCUGCCAGAGACUAGACACUCGGGAGAGGAGGAGUUGCACAUACACAACUCGAGCAUCUGCCUCUGCACCAGUUUGUACUCAGAAGGAGCAAAUCUACAUAGACUGCACCUAAAGGGAAUUAUUUUGCAUUCAGAUUCAUCUAUCAUUCUUUACUGCUGCAGGAAAAAAAAAAAAAGGGAAGCUAAUGCCCUGCUUAUUUUUGACAGCUACUGAUUUUUUCCUUUUAAUCUUCUGAAAUCUGAACAUUGCUAUAGAGACCAGACCCCUGAACCCUACCAACCAGAGAUGGACACAAGACAGGACCUGCAUUUUUAAAACUCUUUUGUGCCCAUCAAGGCAUAGAAUAAAAAAAUUGGAUACCAGCUUGGACAUGGUUACAGUAUCUCGAAAUAGCAGAUGACCAGUCCACUAGACUGACCAUGCUGGCCUAUCUUCAGGAUCAUCCUGGACCAGAGAGGAACAGAGAACUCUUACACCGUACGCGACUCCUGCACAAAACACAGCCCCCGAAGACAUUCCUCUGCACACAAAAAUGUCCCAUCCUUUACACUCCUUGAACGGACCUGGAGCUGGCAAUGGAUCUUUGUCGCCUCUCUCGGUAACAGGAGCACCCAAGCAGGACUACCCAAGUGAGGAACAAGGAAACAAAGUGCACUGGGCAGCCCUGCUGAUCCUCCUGCUGAUAAUCCCCACCAUUGGGGGGAACAUACUUGUCAUUCUGGCUGUGUCCCUGGAGAAGAAGUUGCAGUAUGCUACCAACUACUUUCUGACAUCCUUGGCGGUGGCAGAUUUGCUCGUGGGUCUGUUUGUGAUGCCAAUUGCUCUUCUCAUAAUAUUAUUUGACAAUACCUGGCCUUUACCAACUGCCUUGUGUCCUAUCUGGCUGUUCCUUGAUGUCCUCUUUUCCACAGCUUCCAUCAUGCACCUCUGUGCCAUCUCCCUGGACCGCUACAUUGCGAUAAAAAAGCCAAUCCAGGCCAGCCAGUACAAUUCAUGGGCUACAACAAUCAUCAAAAUCAUCGUGGUUUGGCUCAUUUCAAUAGGCAUUGCAAUUCCAGUCCCUAUCAGAGGCAUUGAGGAUGGAAAUGGCAACUCUACAAACAUCACGUGUCUCCUGAUGCCUGAUCGUUUUCAUGACUUCAUUCUGUACGGAUCAGUGGCUUCCUUCUUCAUUCCCCUCGCUAUCAUGAUUGUCACUUAUUUACUGACAAUCCAAGUGCUGCGCAAAAAGGCCUAUUUGAUCAACAAGCCGCCUCAGCGCUUCACCUGGUCAACAGUGUCCACAGUCUUUCAGCGUGACACAACACCUGCCUCCUCACCAGAAAAGGUGGCCAUGCUAAAUGGCUCCAGAAAGGACCAGACUCUGUCCAGUGACAUGCCUAUCGGCAGGACAUCCACAAUUGGGAGGAAGUCCAUGCAAACGAUAACCAAUGAACAAAGGGCAUCAAAAGUUCUGGGGAUUGUGUUUUUUCUUUUCUUGCUGAUGUGGUGCCCAUUCUUCAUAACAAACAUCAGCUCAGUUCUGUGCAACUCCUGCAAUAAGGAGGUUUUUCAAAAGCUUUUGGAAAUAUUUGUUUGGAUAGGGUAUGUAUCCUCAGGAGUGAACCCUCUUGUAUAUACACUCUUCAACAAAACAUUUAGGGAGGCUUUCAGCAGGUACAUCACUUGCAACUAUCGGACCACAAAGCCUAUCAAGGCCCUUCGGCAGCACUCCAGCAGGAUCUCUUUCAGAAGCUCUGUAGCAGAAAAUUCCAAGCUCUUUGUCAUGAAUGGGAUGAGAAAUGGGAUUAACCCCAUUAUGUACCAGAGCCCAAUGAGGCUGAGGAGCUCACCCAUCCAAGCAUCAUCGGCCAUUCUGCUGGAUACAUUGCUGCUCACCGAGAAUGAGGUUGAUAAAACAGAAGAACAAGUCAGCUAUGUAUAGUGGAAUGGCAGCCAUGUCCCUACAGCAUUACUGUACGUAUUAUUCUAGAUAACUGCACUGCAAGAGGGUAUAAAUACUAUUGUUUUCUGUUAUUUAUGUGAGCAAUAUCUUAUAAAUUUAUAUUAAUUCCUCUCCUUCAAAGUCUCCUCUACUUUAACCCCAACCCCAUGGUGGCAACCACAACUUCAUUCCAUGACAAAUGACUCAUGCAGAACUGUAGCCUAAGGAAGAGGGAAAUAAAUAAAAGCUAAAUCAGUUUAAGUAUCUGACUUCAGUUCUCAUCACCUUCAGUCUCUUCAAAGCAUAUCUUUAUAAGAAAAGUGUUUCUGUACAAACACUACACUAACAUUUGCACUGGCAAGAAGACAAAACUUUGUAGGUUGAUGCUCCACAAUGGAAGCAGCAGAGGGAUACAAGCUCACUGGUUUCAGUGUAAAUGUCUGUAAACAGAGCAGCACACAAGCUCACUGUGUUCCCUCCUACAGAUACAUUCCUCUCCUGAGACUGAGUAUGCACAUAGGAGCUUCCCUUGUUCUCUAAGGGCGUAUAAAACACAAGAAGAAUCACUCACUCUAGAGACCAAUGUACAAGCCCAUUCCAUAAGGCAUGAUUAAAAAUUCCAUGUAUGGAAAUUAUCCCUUUACUGUAGAGAUGGGCAGAAUUUCACCCACUUGAAUUUCAUCUCCAUUACAUAUACAUAAGCUGAGUGUUGCCAGAUUAUUCACUGAAAACUGCCCCUUUUUCUUUUCAAACUAGGAAAAUGGACUAUUUAAUCAAAACAACACAACACAUAAUCAAUGAUCGUAAGAAAAACAGGAUACACAAUGCCUGGAACAUCCCUACAAUUUAUAUGAACAAGCUUCCUUUUAAAUGAUCAUGGAAACUUCAGCGAAAGCCUCCCCCCAUCCAAUGUAGUUCACAGGAAGUAGAGAAAUCACACACAGAACAGCUAUUUCACAAGAAAAUACAAGCAAAUAUAUAACAGACAGCAGAGACAACACUACUGGCUACACCUGCACAUAUUCACAGUUUAGUUGAGCUGAAAAUGAUUUAAUUGGACUAAUGGCCAAUUACAGGUCCCAAUUUGCACUCUCAAACAUGCUCAAGACUUUAGUAUGAGCACAAAAUUAAUAGAAAUAAUUGGUCCUCACAAUCCAUAGAAGCUACCAGAGUCUGUUAUUUGGGAAAUCAGAAACUUCUGAU